AUGGCUUCUCUUCAUCCCCAGGAUGAACGUCAUGAAGAGUUUAUCCAAUUCGUCCGUCGCGAGCUCCAGCCCGGCAUUAAUGGCGACGGCGAAAAAGUCGAGUUCAUUAGCCCUACAAAGACAGCAAAAUGGUGGAAAAAAGGAGGCGAAUACCGAAUAGCCCGCGCUAUCAACCACAAUAUCAAUGCGAGAGCGGCCACGAUUGAAAAAGCCUACCUAACCAUCUUUUCUAUUCUCGUUUACAGUUCAAAGACGUCCUUGAUAAAGGAGUUCAUCUCCCAUGGCUUUCAGGACCAACAGCUACCUCUGCUCGACACUGAGAGGUUUGGAAGUGACCGUGCAAUGGUCAAGGACAUGGAGGAAUUUUGCGAGAACCAAUGGAUGUUCUGUCCCGUUGUUUUCUCGAACACUAUGCCAAUGGACAAGAGAACUAUUCCCUGUCGCCAAAUUCUACCUAUCAAAGACGAAAAGAUAACUACAACCAAAGCGAACCACUCCAAGUCUGUCAUUCGAGUUGUCACAUUACAUUCCGAGUGUUAUGAUAAAGAUUGGAGUUCAUCACCGACUGUCGUCUUCAAAGAGUACCUCACCGGUGAAAGGGAUGCUUUGCGGGACUCCUGGACCAGAGAGUACAACGCAUUUGUCAAAAUAGACUUCUGUGACCACAUAGUCCAGUACCUCGGUUCUUUUGAGCAGAAUCAGCGCUGUUUCAUGGUACUAGAGUACGCGACUGAAGGUAGCCUACUCGAAUUAUACAGACGAGAUGAGCCCCCAGCGACGCCUGAAGAACGCAGAUACUUCUUGUACGGUAUUAUGGGUCUCAUCAAAGCCGUCGAUAAGAUUCAGAACUUGGGAGGGGGGCCUAGAAAUCAACGCACAGGAUUUGCCCAUAGGGAUAUCAAGCCUUCCAAUAUUCUUGUGUUCUCCGGGAGACAGGGCCUAUAUUCCGCCGGUUUCACGAUGAAGCUUGCUGAUUUCGACACUGCAACAUCUGAACUGCCCAUUGAUGAGGCUUCGGUCAGUUUCCACGACAACAAUGGAGAUAAAACAUAUUGUGCCCCUGAAGCUUCAAGGGUCUACACUUAUGAGAAACAGACUAUCAGACCGGUUCCUUUAUCGUCAGAUAUAUGGUCUCUUGGUUGUGUCUUCGGUGAAGCUCUCGUCUGGGUCGCUGGUAGGAUGGCCGCCGUCGAUAAAGCUGCCAGCGAUCGCAGAACUGAAAUCCAGACCUAUCAUUCGCUUCAGAUUGAUGCUAGCUUAGGAGACUGUUUUCACAAUACUCAGACGGCACUUCACUGUGUCUUAGAGUCUCAACAAGCUGCUGUUGAAGCCCUGAAUGGACCCACGAAUCUUUCAGGAACUGUCUGUACUCUCGUCAAGCAGAAAAUGCUUGUACCUAGUAAGGAUAGACCUAACCCUAGGUCUUUAUGGUACGAAUUCAACAGUAAAUAUGAAGACCUGUUUCCCUCUCUUGGUAGAGCAAACAGCGCACCCACGCGUUCACGUUCUCAGACCCUCAGCCCCGAAGUCACUAGCCCAGUAUCUACAGGCAGGCCCCCAAGAGGGAGUUUUCAAUUCGGUCAACCUCCACAUCUACGUACGGCUUCCAACCCGGGUACAGAAAGGCAGACAAUCACCGACUCCAGUCACGCUCAAACAGAUCCAAGCCCUCUUGGCCUUCAUACCCAGCUACCAUUUGGGAAUGGAGCGCCAAUCCAACAGGUUUCCCUUGAUACACAAAAUCGCGGCGAAAUCCAACAGAUGCCUGGUUUCGACAAGUCCCCAAAACUAUCGACAAAUGGAUUCGGUGCCUCACAAACCAUAAUAGACAUUCCUUCGCAGAUAAGAUCCCCUGGCUAUCACCACUCUAUUUACACAGAUCCUAUAAACAACGUAUGGAAUCCUCACCAACUGUAUCCUAAAAGAGAUCAACAAGCUCCUUCGAGUCUAUACGAGACUGCAACUGUCAAAGAUGUGAUCUACCACCGCGAUAUCAAGGUUAAGAAGCAUCGCAUACCUGGCUAUGAUCAAUUCUGUCGCCGCAUGGGCCGGAGACAUUUCAUCUUUGUCAUUGACGACUCUAAUUCGAUGCGAGGAUUAAAAAGUGAAGUACUCAGGACGGUUGAGACUCUGAUAUGGCUAGUCAAGGACAUCGACCUUACAUGCCCGGAAAUCCGCUUCACCUCGAAACCCAGCAAACGAUUUCCGCAAGCAAUCGCUGCAAUGGCGGGUCGUUUGUACUCCAUGGACAAGCUGGUCUCCCUGCUACGGCACUGGGCGAAUGCGGACGUCGCCGAUAUCGAAUGCAAUAUGAGAUACGCCCUCGACCAAAUAUUCAACGAUACUAGUAUCGUAGAUCCUAAAAAGCCUACUAGUGUUUUGAUCUUUACAAAUGGGUCGUGGGAGGGUGGUCCCAUUGAAGCUCGAGAUGUGGAGGGAUGCAUCACGAAUGUCAUCGGUAAGAUGAGAGAGAAAAAUAUCAGCAACACUGGUUUUACAUUUCAGUUUGUCAGCUUUGGUGAUGAUCAGGAUGGGCUGGAUCGUCUGACAUAUCUUGACGACUAUGCCCUCUUUGGGGGCAGCCCAGGAAACAGAGAUGAUAUUGUUGACCACAAGAGGCACACUGAUCCUGUCUGGUCUAUUCUUAUAGGGUCAGUCAGCACGAAGAACGAUGAGAGUUCGCAAGGGCCAUCGACGGGGAGGCAUUCGCCUUGUUGA